AUGUCUGCUCCACCACCUCUCGGGAAACAUCUUGCUUCGUCUGACAAAUCCACACGGGACAAGGCUGUAAAUGGGCUCACUGCUUUCCUUUGCCAUGAGUCGAAUGCUCGGCUAUCUGAUAAGGACAUGGCCAAAUUGUGGAAAGGCAUAUUCUAUUGUUUCUGGAUGUCCGAUAAGCCACUAGUGCAACAAGCGCUAGCUACGGACCUCUCAAAUAUCAUACUUGCCAUACCUACCUUGGAUGCAUCCUUCGCGUUCUUGGGGGGCUUUUGGGAAGCAAUGGUUCGGGAAUGGGAUGGUCUUGACCGAUACAGGCUAGAUAAGUUCUAUAUGCUUAUCAGAAGAUACGUCAAUGCAACGUUCCGUCUCCUAAUGCGAGAACAGUGGGCGGAAUCGCCGUGUAGCUCAGUCAACGAUAUACUAACCCGGGCCAAAGGGCCAUUGUAUCCACACGAUGUUGGCGUACCCAAGGGCCUAACAUACCAUCUCGCAGACAUUUAUCUUGAAGAAUUGAACAAAGUCCUUUUCACAGUACAAGAGGAAGAGCUCGCGCCAUCAUUGCCAAAGAUAAUUGACCCAUUCCUCCGACUGGCUAGCGAAACAUCAAAUGAUGCUAUUUUCGCAAGAAUAAACAAAGGGGUUCUUAGGCCCUUACUGUCGGCAUUGCGAAAGGCUUCUCCAUCGUAUACAACAACUUCAACAUCUGAUCCCAGACGAGCGCGCAAACGUCCCAGAAUGGAGAAAGGCUCCCACCGAUCGGAAGAUGAUGAAGACCAGGCUGAGGACAAGUCCGAAGCCGACGCCGAUGCCCCGCUAUACUUCGUCGUCAGGAAAUCGCGUGGAUUUUUUUCCGACGGAAAUGAGUCCUCGAAAGCUUUGCCGCCUAAAGAUUUGUUAGAGUCGGUCCUCAAAGCAAUCUUUGACGCUGCGAGUAGAGAUACUAGCAAGGAUUCUCGUAGGCGACGUCUGUAUGCUUUGUGGAAAUCCGCGAAGGCGAAUCAGGAUGAUGUAUAA